GGACACUGGACACUGCAGCGGAAUGUUUUGCUUCCAGAAUUUGUCAUUGACUAAAGAACGCAAUUCCCCAAAUAUUACAUUAGCUAGAUAUAAAUCACAUUUGCAUACUUAAUAUUUUUGUUUUCAUAUACAUGUAACAAAAUGUAUUUCAUUUGUUUGAUCUACGAUACUUUAUAUUCAUAGUUUGAUGUAGCUACCUAACGAACUGCUAGUUAGCUAGUUGAAUAGCUACUAUCCAUAUUGGCGCAGAGUGACACGACAGCCCACGUGUAUUCGUUGUUGUGUUAUUGUUUUUGUUGUUAUCACUUAUUAAUUGUUUACGUUAAUGAAUAGUUAGGUAAUUUAGUUGGGUAGCCAUCCGUUAUUAGUUUCAGGUACAGCCCUCCUCCCGUCGCAUUCCAGUGUUCGAUUGGCUAAUGUUACUUGAGAGGCCUCUGCUCUUGAGUUGGGAGUGUCUUGCUAGCUGCCAACCCGAAACUUAAGAAACAACCUGGGCUUCCAAACAAAUAGUUAAUUAGACAGCAUAUUGAACAUCAGUUUUAGAGGGGCUUUGCUCACUUUCUGUCAUUGUUUUUUUAGCUAGCCUACGCUAAACUGCUAUCACAGCUCUCUGAAGACUCACGUCAGAACGGCGUGCGUUGUAAGGUGCUGUCUGAAGUAAGAACUUCCUCGAUUCCGUUAACGUUGGCUAGCUAUUGUUAGCUACUAGCGGAGUUAAAGAUGCCAACGUUGCGGGACAGCACUAUGUCCCACCCCGGCGACAAUCCUCAUCAGGUCCGAGUGAAAGCUUACUAUAAGGGGGACAUCAUGAUAAACCACUUUGAGCCUUCCAUCUCCUUCGAAGGGCUGCAGGUUAAAGUGCGGGACAUGUGCAGCAUGGACAAUGACCAGCAGUUCACCAUGAAGUGGAUUGACGAGGAAGGCGACCCCUGCACCAUAUCAUCCCAGCUGGAGCUGGAGGAGGCGCUCCGUCUCUACGAGUUGAACAAAGACUCGGAGCUCAUCAUACACGUGUUCCCCUGUGUGCCCGAGAAGCCUGGCAUGCCGUGUCAGGGAGAGGACAAGUCCAUAUACCGGCGGGGAGCGCGGCGCUGGAGGAAGCUGUACUGUGCCAGCGGACACACCUUCCAGGCCAAGAGAUUCAACAGGCGGGCACACUGUGCCAUCUGCACAGACCGGAUAUGGGGCCUUGGGCGGCAGGGCUACAAGUGCAUCAACUGCAAACUGCUGGUGCACAAGAAAUGCCACAAGCUGGUAUCAAUGGAGUGCGGCCGGCACGUAAUCCAAGAGCCAGUGAUGGGUCCGUUGGCUCCAGCAGGCACUCCAUCAGAUCACCUUGACCCAGUGGACAAAUCAUCGAGUGAGAGUCUGAACCACGUCGGAGAGGAGAAAGAGGCCAUGAACAGCAGGGACAGCGGGAAGGCCGUGUCCAGCCUGGGCCUGGCAGACUUUGACCUGCUGCGGGUUAUUGGGCGUGGCAGCUACGCCAAAGUCCUGCUUGUGCGGCUCAAGAGGACCGAGCGCAUCUACGCCAUGAAGGUGGUGAAGAAGGAGCUGGUCAACGAUGACGAGGACAUAGACUGGGUCCAGACGGAGAAGCACGUGUUUGAGCAGGCGUCCAACCAUCCCUUCCUGGUGGGACUGCACUCCUGCUUCCAGACAGAAAGCAGGCUCUUUUUUGUCAUUGAGUAUGUGAACGGUGGAGACCUGAUGUUCCACAUGCAGAGGCAGCGGAAACUUCCGGAGGAGCACGCCAGGUUCUAUUCAGCAGAAAUCAGCCUUGCCCUGAACUAUCUUCACGAGCGAGGAAUCAUCUACAGAGACCUGAAGUUGGACAAUGUCUUACUAGAGUCUGAGGGGCACAUCAAGCUUACCGACUAUGGCAUGUGCAAGGAGGGGCUGCGGCCCGGGGACACGACCAGCACUUUCUGCGGGACGCCCAAUUACAUUGCCCCCGAGAUCCUGAGAGGGGAGGAUUACGGCUUCAGCGUAGACUGGUGGGCGCUGGGCGUGCUCAUGUUCGAGAUGAUGGCGGGCCGGUCGCCGUUCGACAUCGUGGGCAGUUCCGACAACCCUGACCAGAACACGGAGGACUAUCUCUUCCAAGUCAUUUUGGAAAAGCAAAUCAGAAUCCCGAGGUCCCUGUCGGUGAAAGCUGCCAGCGUCCUUAAGGGCUUCCUCAACAAGGAUCCAAAGGAGCGGCUCGGUUGUCAUCCGCAGACGGGCUUCGCUGACAUCAUGGGUCACCACUUCUUCCGAAGUGUGGACUGGGACCUGAUGGAGCAGAAGCAGGUGGUCCCCCCCUUUAAGCCCAACAUUUCUGGGGAGUUCGGCCUGGACAACUUCGAUGCACAGUUCACCAACGAGCCGAUCCAACUCACGCCCGAUGAUGAGGAUGCUGUUCAGAAGAUUGACCAGUCAGAAUUCGAGGGCUUUGAGUACAUCAACCCGCUCCUUAUGUCUGCGGAGGAAUGCGUGUGAAGACCCCCUGCUCCGAAUCCAGCCGUUUGCUCAAACUCUGCAUGGGUCAUGACGCUGUCGCUGUUAGGAGAUUCCGUCUGUGGUCUCCUUCGAAAGAAAACCUGUAUGUAAAACCUGCUGGCCAAUCAGCUGCUUAAAAAUAGUUGCCAAAAUUGAUAUCAUUACCUGCCACUCAGCAAUUGAUGACCACGUGUCCUUAAUGUGUCCUUUUUUACUGUAUAUUGUGUUUUUGUAUGUUCUAAACUGCUACUUUCUGGCUGGUGACCAAUGAGUGUUUAAGGUCAUUUGGAGGUUACUGGAUACAGAGAAGAGCCAUAAAAAUAUGGAAUAUGCGUUGUCUUAUGUGUCUUAUGUCUUUUGUCUGAAGUUGUUGCCUGUUACACUGAAUAUGUUCUUUUUUUAUAAACAGAAUUCUGACCCUGUUCAGUAAAUAGAAGAUGGCACUGGUAAAGACCAAUUUAUUGUUAACUGGCGCAGUAAGUGGAAUUCCUGUUUGCUGUCUCCAAAUAAAUGCCCGUCCUGUCUGAAUUCCUUUUCCUCCUUGUAAGCACACAGGCUUUUUAUUUUAAAAAAGAGCAUACGGAGGACACCUUUCUUGUUUUAUCUAAGGAGCACAGAGCACAAGCCUAGCUCAGAGUCUGGUUUCUCAAUCGAGUCUGAAUGGGUUUUUAUGGCUGUGGAGCAGAGUACUGUUGGGCGGGGGCGUGGUCUUGGAGCACGCCAUUGUCAGUACUCACACUUUACUAUUGUUAACACUACCCUGGGGGGUAGGGGAAGGGGUUAGGGUCUGGGGUGUGUCUAAGGGGGUACGGAGCAGGUGCAUCAGAGCAUCUUUUUUUAAAUUAAAAAUCCUUAAGACACUGGGCAGUAGCAACAAUGGUUGCUUUUAGUAGGAGGGUACAGUCAUAGCUAAUAGUUUCAUAAAUACAUAAUUUUCCACGGUAUCUUUUUUUUUCACUGCCAGGAAGUGUGGUGGGGGUCAUUUAUCAAAGCUGCUGCUGAUUUUCCACAUGCAUUAUCAGAGUUGCUUUCAACUUUUAAUUAAAAAAAAAAUAUAUAAUUAUGUUUAAUUAUGACUAAUAAAUCUGUCAGAAUCACUAAAGCCUUGGUCGGGCAAUAACCAGUUCCUCUUAUUAUUAUUUUUUUUUUUUUUCCACUGUAGAGAUGCAGUGAAGCAAGAUAGGCUAAGGUUUGUUUUUCAGCCCACUUGUGUUUCAUGUGCCAACCUACAGUAUUUAAAUACAAGCUGUUGGUGAGGAUUCCAAGUUUUGUAAUUAAAUACUGCAUUCAUAAAGAACCAAAGGAAAGAAAUACAAGCAGUUGUUAUUCACUUGAUUUUUUUUAUACUGAAAGCAAAAAAUUCUUACUCUGCUUGGAUUUAAUUGGUCAUUGAAGACCUUGUUUCUGAUGUCAUCAAAAGUGAUUUGCAUAUUUUUUUCCACAAAUCAGUAGCAAUGGAAAACUGACUCAUUACAUAAAUAUGGUAAUAUGUCAGCUUGGCUCAUUACCAAUACUAACUGUACCACAGGGAAUGUCGGGCAUUUUGGCUUCUAGCAUACAUGGUUGUGGGAGCAUGUCAAAUUUGGGAGUAGUGUGAAGGUAAAAAAGCUGUGUAGGGAGUGGCAUAUUACUGCUCGGAUGUGGUAACAUUUUAUCACAAGUUAGAUGGCUAACACUGCUGCGUCAGUACAGGAUUAAUACGGAAAUAACGUAAAGAUUCAAAAAGAUGGUUUAGUAUGACUUCACUAUCAACUCAAAUUAGCUUGCUAGCAAGCCAGCUAUCUAACCUGGUUUUUGAAUUUGGUAAAUGGCUUGUUGAAAAGCUGACAUAGUUUCAGUGACUUGCUAACAUAGCUAGCUACUCAGACAACAAACAACAGGUAAAGAUUCCGUAGUUGAGCUCAGACGUGUAUGGGUUGAAUUGCUAUUCUCUUGCGGUUGGUUUUGCUGUCAGUGAUGUCAGAGUCUGUGUUGUCUUCCAUAUAGUUAUACAUAUUCUACUAGCUAACCAACUACACUGUAUUGUGAGACUCUUUAGUGUGCUGUCUCAAAAAAUGAACACACUCCUUCAGUCCUGUAAUUCUCCUAUUGAGAAGUACUCAAUUAUUUUUCUGUUUAUAUGAUUUAUAAGUGUAAAUACACAUCUUUUUCUUAUGCUUUAAUGAAUACUGAAUGGAAAUUAAAUAAAUUUAAUUUGUACAGCAUCUUUAGACUGGCAGGUAGACACAAGUCCAGGCACAGGUGUCAUUCUGCUGCUGUCAGUACACUUGGUGUGCCGUCAUGUACCACGGUAGUACCAAACCUCCUGUCAGAGAAGGGAACUAAUACUCCUGUCCCCACCCCACCACCCCAACAUGCCAGUGUCUUCUUGCUUAACUAGCAUCCCCUGUCACGUUGAACUUUGACCCCUCAAGUGGUCCAAGCCAGGAGAGGGGUAAUUUAGGCUAAGAUGAGGUCAGCCAGCCAUGGACAGGUACAGAACUACUGUUUUUAAGAGCUCACACCCAGCAUGUGAAUGGUCUUGUCUUCACCCACUGCAACGCUACACCAGCUGUCUGAGGUGACAGGGUGGGGUGGGGGUGGUGGGGGUAAGGGGGGAGCGCAAUUGGCUUUACACUCUAAUAAAAGCGGGGGUGGGGAGUGGCAAGGCUAGGGCUCUGUCAAACCUUGACAAUUUAUUGCCUCCCAGUAAAUCUGCCUGCACUAUUUCAUACCAGGCUGCUUUUCAUUCUUUAAAUUAUUAAUCAAGGAGUCUGAGCUGAAGGGGGGACUGAAAGCGCAAGCCAUUUUUUCCUGGAUGUGGAAAUUAUCAUGUUUGGCAAAUACUGUUACAAUUAAGCACAAUUAAUUGUGGGAGACCUUUGUGUAAGGAAUGUUGUAAUGUUGUUUUUUUUGUUUUUUCUCAUUGUUUUCAUAUAUGAGGGAAAAUCUUGAGCCCCAUUAAGAGUUGAAACUAUUUUUUACUUGUUCAUUCAUAGGCUGUUAAAAAUUUCACCAUGUUGUGUUUUUUUAUUGUAUUGUCGGGUGAAAAGCAUUGAUGAUUGUGUAUUUUCAAAAAUAAAAUAUGACAGUAUAAACUGGAAA